GUUGGGUUCACCCAAUCGCCAGCGGCCUCUGGAUUGUUGCGCUGUUGACCACCCGGAGCCCCCCUUGGUUUGCCUGAGACUUCAGGAGAGCGGAGCGCAGGUGGAGGAUCGCGGCCACGAUGGCUCUGCGCUCUGCGCCCUUCCUGCUCCUGGUGUUGGUGGCGGUCGCCCUACGAGAGAGCUGCUUCGGCGCCUCCUCCCACUCCAUGAAGUUUUUCUUCACCUCCAUCUCUGAGCCCAGUCAGGGGCUGCCCCACUUUGUCUCUGUGGGAUACAUGGACGGUCAGGUUUUCACUUCCUAUGACAGCCACAGCCGGAGGAUGAAGCCUCGAGUCUCCUGGGUGGAGAAGUUUGGGAAGGAGGAUCCCCAGUACUGGGAGAGAGAGACCCAGAAAGCACGUGGCCAGGAGGAAGCGUUCAGAGAUCACCUGGAGACUCUGAGGAGUCGCUACAACCAGAGUGAAGGCCUUCACACAUGGCAGCAUAUGUAUGGCUGUGAACUCGAGGGAAACAGGAGCAAAGGAGGGCUUUGGCAGUAUGGCUACGAAGGGAAGACCUUCAUCACCUUCGACAAGGAGACCCUCACCUGGGUGGCUCCUGAACCCCAAGCCCAGAUCACCCAGAGGAUAUGGGAUGCUUUUCCAGCACAAAAUCAGUACAUUAAGUCCUACCUGGAGAAAAUCUGCAUUAAGUGGCUGGAGAAGUACCUGUCCUACAGGAAGGAGACGCUGCUGAGGACAGAUCCCCCAGUGGUGACGGUGAGCAGCAAGACGGAAGUGGAGGAUGGGAUGGAGACGCACAUCUGCCGCAUAGAUGGCUUCUACCCCAGGGAGAUCGAUGCCUCCUGGAAGAGGGACGGGGAGGUCUGGCUGCAGGACACCCACCAUGGAUCUGUGGCCCCCAAUGCGGAUGGGACCUAUCACUACUGGCUCAGCAUCCAGAUCGAUGCCAAAGAGAGGGAACGCUAUCGGUGCCACGUGGAGCAUGAUGGGCUGCAGGAGCCUCUGGAUGUGGCCGUAAAAGUUCCAGAAUCCAACCAGAUGGGGCUCAUCAUCGGCUGCGUUGUGGGUGGUCUUGUCCUGGUUUGUGUGAUUGUUGGGAUCUUGGCAUUUUUCAAAAGACAUCAAGAUGAUUACAAUGCAGUACCAAUGGAGGAACGUGGCCAUUUAGCAGCCCCCUUGCAGCACGAGAGAACAGUCCCAGCAUGAGGAGAGAGGAGAGAAGAUGGGAUCAGCCUUCUUCUGAAUGAGGCCGGACUCUCAGGAGGAGACCUUCAGGCCCAUCCUGCAUGCUUGGAACCAGGAUGGAUUGGGGGUCUUUCACCAUCGCUUUUAUCAUUGGCUCAGUAGCCUUUUAUAUUAGGAUUGAGGGACAGAGAAGAACAUCUUACGUAUUUAUAAUUGUGGAAUCAAAAGGAUUUAAACUGUGAUUAGUACAUUUUUAAUUUUUUAUUUAUUUGUGGUUCUGCUAAAGGCAUCAAAGAUAUCUAACACACCUUCUCCUCCUAUUUUCUCCACAACAACCACCCUGUGAAGUGGGUUGGGGUCAGAGAGAAUGACUGGCCCACCCAAAUUGUCUUUCGUGGCUAAAGCGGGAUUUGAACUCACAGUCGCUUUCUAGCCUGGUGCCUUAAUCACUACAUCAAACUACCUUGUAUAGCUUGUAAAUAGUUUUGUAAUAUAGCUUGUAGCAACUAUAUUGUUAUUUCUGGACCUUUAAUGGGCUUCUGCUGAUUAACAGGUUUUAGAGAAAGGCCCAUAUCGAAUGGAGUGAGGAAUAGAAUGAAGAGUUUUACUUUAAGGGAGAAAGUUACUUUACUUUAAAAUAACAUUACUUUAAUAUUAAUGUCCAUCAUAAUUACUUCGAUUGAAAGGGGAGGUUUUUUCCUCUCUCUUAUUUUGUUUGUGUAAAUUGUAUAAUGAAUAGUAUGUAGCAUGUACUGCCAUUUAUGGAUUUUCAGAGUUUAGAAAAAUGAAACAGGAAACUUCCCCCAAUCAUGACGUGCUGAACAUCCUAAGGAAAGCUUUCACAAUUAAGAACCAAAACACAAGUAUUUAAAACUGGACUCAGAGAUAAUGAUUGAAGCAGUUUGUGAUAAAUAAGAAAUUGUGUAAACUUUCUAUGAAUAAAUUAUAAUAACAGACAUUUAUUGUUAACAGAGUGCUUUGAAUUUUAACUUUGCUGUUGUUCAACUAUUAACUAUUUUUCCUUUCACAUAUGUAAUCUAUGGCAGGUCAGGUUGCAAAUAGAUCUACCAGAUUAUAAAUUUUGGACCUCUUGCAAGUUGGGAAGCUAUUAUUGUUGCAAUAGAUUUCUCAGUGUUCAACUGGAGGGGCAUAAUAUGUCUUUUCCUGUUUUUUCAUUAAUUUUUUUCAAUGUUUUUCUUUAGUUUUGUUCCGUCUCUGUUCAAUCCUUUUCUUUUGGAUUUUAAUCUUUUACAUAAAAUAAAAUAAAAAAUAAAAUGGUCAGUUCUAAGAAAAAUGGAACAGGAGAUCCAGUUUGGCCUGGCUCCUUUCCCCCUAACUGUUGCACACAGACCGUAAGAAUACGAAAAUAGUUUGUUGAAAAUAAAUGGUUUUGCUUUCUUCUUACCCGAGUUGCUGCCUCUUGUUGGCAGUUGGAAAUAACAAGGAUUUUCCCCUCCUGGCUGUUCAGAGACCCUGAUUUCACUUUGAGUGGCAGGAAGGGGAGGAACCGAGGCAGAAACUGGGGGGCUCCUUGGGGCUCCUUGGGGAGGAGGCAGCCAUUUUGCUCCUGUGUCCAGAUGUUUCUCUUGCCUCAGGCUGUUGGCCAAGUGGCUGGUCUCUGAGCCUCACCCAGGGGCCCUUCGGGAGACAGGAGUUCAGUGCCCGGCCAGAGCUGUCCUAGUCCCCUUGCAGAAGGGCAGCUUCUCCUCCUUCUGGGAGAUCCUCUCUGGGCUCCUCAGCUGCCCAGUAUGAUGCAGGGGCCCAAGAGUGGGGAGACCCCGGAUUGAUGGGAAAGAUGCCCCCCAUAUUACAGAAAGUCCUCAACUUAAGAGCACAAUUGAGCCUGAAAUUUAUGUUGCUAAGUGAGAAAUUUAUUAAGUGAAUUUUACCCCAUUUUACGACCAUUCUUGCCACAGUUGUUAAGUUAAUAACACAGUUCUUAAGUGAGUCUGGCUUCCCCAUUGACUUUCUUUGUCAAAACAUCGCAAAAGGGGUCACAUGACUGUGGGACUCUGCAACCGUCAUAAAUAUGAGUCAGUUGCCAAGCGUCCAAAUGUAAAUCACAUGAGCCAUGAAGAUGCUGAAAUGGUCAUAAGUGUGAAAAAUGGUCAUAUGUUCUUUUUUCAGUACCGUAACUUUGAAAGGUCAAUAAAUGAACUGUUGUAAAUCGAGGACUUCCUGUAUAGCGGAUGCUUU